AUGAGCUCCGCACCGACGACUCGCCUCUUGGCGAGGUCUCUCUUCCAGAAUGCCGCCCGUCCGUCCCCGAUAGCGAGAUGCUCCCCGGCCAUCCUCCGACCCUUCUCACAGACCUCGACUCAGCGCGCCGACGAUGCGAAGAAAGGAGGCCAGGAGCUCCUCGCCGCCAUGUACGGUUCCCGUUCCACAACCUCAACAACGACGUCGUUGGGAACCAGCUCGCCCAGCCACAACCAGACUAUGCUUCUCCAAACCUUGAAAAAAACCGCCGGCAAGAAGUCGCUGCUAAAUGGCGAUCUCGCCCCCACCGGCUCAGGCCUUGACGACCUCGUCCCCGACCAGGAAGACCUUUUGGAGCCAUACCACAUGCACAUCUACUCCCACAAGCACAACACGCACGUGACAGUCACAAAGCCCGACCGUGGCGCCAUCAUCUCCCUGUCAACCGGGAACAUCGGCUUCAAGAAGUCCAAGAGGAAAGGAUACGAUGCCGCGUACCAAUUGACGGCAUACGUCCUCGAGAGGUUGAACUACGCUGGAUGGCACAAGAAGAUUAACAAGCUCGAGAUCGUGCUCAGAGGAUUUGGUGUCGGCCGUGACGCGGCCGUCAAGGUCCUCAUGGCCCCCGAGGGCAGGCUGUGGAGAAGCAAGGUCAUUCGGGUGGCGGACUCGACGAGAUUGAAGUUUGGUGGAACGAGGAGCAAGAACCCGAGACGUGUCUAG